AUGGCGAUCUGUACUUAUAACGUACGUACGCUUGCAUCGGAAGCGGCCAUCGAAGAUCUGAUGAUGCAAGCCAGGAAGAUCAAGUACGACGUCAUCGGACUGACCGAGACGAGACGACGUCACCCUCUCAACGCCGUAUAUGAAACUGGAGAAGAACUGUUCUUAGGAACAUGCGACAGUAGAGGUGUUGGUGGAGUUGGCGUCCUCGUCAACACGAGUAUGGCAAAGAACAUCGACUCUUUUGAACAACUUACGACCCGAAUCGGACGUCUGCGGAUGAGAAGAUGUGACCCAAUACCAGCUUUGACUAUCUUCGUCGUUUACGCUCCAACAUCAAGCUACGAAGAAGAAGAAGUCGAAGCUUUCUAUAUGGACCUGGAGAAGUUCUACCAAGAAGAUCAUGCCUUCUACAAGGUCAUAGUUGGCGAUUUCAACGCUAAGGUUGGCCCAAGAAGAACGCCGGAGGAACUUCACAUCGGGACCCACGGCCUACAAUGGAAUGACCAGGGAGAGAGGCUCUCCGAGUUCAUCAUGACGACUAAGACCAUCCAUGGGAACUCGCAAUUUCAGAAGCCCUCUUCUUUACGCUGGACGUGGGAGUCACCCGGUGGAGGGUACCGUAAUGAAAUAGACCACAUCAUCGUCAAUAAAAGGUUCUGCCUGAUGGACGUCGCUGUUGUGCCAAAGUUCUACACGGAGUCGGACCAUCGCCUCCUACGAGGAAGAUUUUCCUUCACAAGGAGAGCAGAGAAAGCCGCCAAGUUCAGAGAGAGAAAUCCCAGGACUACCAUCAACUGGGAUCUCUUCGCUACGCUAGCCGGCUUUUGGGAAGAUUCCGCAAUGGACAACAUCGACGAGGAAUAUGACCGGCUUGUCGAACACCUUCACGACUGCGCGAAGAAGGCUGAGAGUUUUAAAACCACCAAGAGGCGCCUGUCUCUUGAAACUCUUGAGCUGAUACGCCAGCGUGGAGCAGCACGAGCCGCAGGGAACCAAGAACUCACGUCCGAGCUCGCAAGGCUUUGCCGAGAGGCGAUAAAGGAAGACCUUAAAUAG